AUGGUGGUGGUGAUGGUGGUUGCCUCGUCCCCCACCUGAACCUGGCUGGCUGGCUGGCUCUCCUCACACCGACACAGCUCAGCAUAACGGGCGGAGUGAGAGCAACGCUGGCCCUUUAAACCUCACACACACACGCAGCAGCCCAUCUUUAAACCUCCCUGAGACAACCUGCGCCAAGUGCCAUCAAGCCCCCGAGAGAGCAAACACGGAUUACCCAAAAUUAUCUGGACUGACACAACCACACGUCUCAUUAUCUUAUCGUGGACAUCCCUCGGCGUCAGGGGAUCAGAAGGUUAUCUGAGUGCCCCCGCUUAUCUAGGCUGGCGAGAUGCGGCUUUUCGGCUGGGAGACAACGCUGGGCUACUACGGUUGGGGAGGGAGUGACAGUGAUCCUCAGCCCCUGGAACCAGAAGCAGACGCAGCAGCAGACAUGGAGCUCACACCGGAGAGGAAGGAGGCGCUCUCACAGUUUCGGGAGCGAGUGGCGCCGCUGCUCUCGCCGGACCAGCAGCACGAUGACGCCCUGCUGCAGUGGCUCGUCGCGAGGAACUUCAACCUCGACAAGGCUGAGCAAAUGCUGAGGAAGAGCCUGGAGUGGCGGCGGGAGUGGGGGGCAGACACGGUGCUGGAGUGGGAGGUCCCGGAGGUGCUGUCCAAGUACUACCCGGUGGGGAUGGCCGGACACGACAACAAGGGCUGCCCAGUGUGGAUCAUCCCCUAUGGUGGGUGUGACAUGCGGGGGCUCCUGUCCAGUGUGAAGAAGACCGAUUACAUUCGCUACACACUCCGGGUGCUGGAGGCAUCGAGGCGGGACAUGGCGGAGCAGACACAGAAGCUCGGCCGCCCCAUCAACCAACAGUGCUGCAUCUUUGACCUCGAUAACUUCUCCCUCAAACACGUGACAUGGAAGCCAGCCAUGGAUGUCAUCCUGGAAUUGGUACAACUCUACGAGGCAAACUACCCAGAGUUCCUGAAGUGCGCCUACGUCAUCAAUGCUCCCAAGGUAUUCACAAUGGCCUAUGCACUCAUCAAACCCUUCUUACAUGAGGUGACCCUUAAGAAGAUAAAGAUAUUUGGACGCAGCGGGUGGAAAGAGGUGCUUCUAAAGGACAUCAGCCCCGACGAACUACCACAUCACUGGGGCGGCUCCCGGACAGACCCUGAUGGAAACCCAAAGUGUCCUUCACAGAUCUGCCUUGGAGGAGAGGUCCCAAAGAAGUACUACCUCAGCCUCAGUAAGAGCAACCUUUCUAAACUCACCGAGGAUGACAACCUCAGCUCCGUCACACUGAGCAAAGGUGGAAAGAAGAGACUGAAAUAUGAAGUAAAGAAGCCUGGGUCCCACCUCAGGUGGGAAUUCAGGACUGAGGACUUCGACAUCGGCUUUGGAGUGUCAAGGAAAGUCAAGAAGGGCGAGGAGGAGGUCUUGGUGCCCCUACAGAGAGUCAACUCCCAGCUGGUGACAGAGGAAGGCUACCUGGUGUGCACAGAGCCAGGGACAUAUGUGAUUACAUUCGACAACGAGUUCAGUUACGUGCGCUCCAAGAAGGUCCUGUAUAUGGCGACAGUGGUGGAGCCGGACAAGCUGACAGAGGAGUGAGGGGACGGCAGCGCGUCUGUCCCACGAGGGAGACUUUGAACGGGAACAAAAUACUUGCCACUUAUUUCCUUUCCUUGAGAUUGUGUACUACUGAUGUGUUCAUGGACGAAUUAGUCUUCUCUCUGAAGACGAUUUGCCACAUGAGUUGUACAUUUAUGAGAUUAUGUAUAUUGGUGAUUUUUCUACACAAAUAUUCGUUAUCUAUUGAAACUUUGCAGCUUGAUGUAAUCUUACUUCUUCAGUGUGUGUAUGCAUGUGUGACAUUACUUUGUUGUACAAAUUUCCCCCCCAACAGGUAGUGGUGAUGUCACCUUUUAAUAGUGUGAUUGGAGCUGCUGCACCCACAACCCUAAUGUCAUUUUAUCCCCUAGAUCUACCACAAAAAAAAAAAAGGGAUUCCUCUUAACUCCUUUGACAUUUGUAUGAAACAAGUUGACUUGACAAGCUAAUUGCUUCUGAUCUCAAGAGUGAGAAAACAGUUGCUCCUGUCAAAUUAAUAUAUUGUGGAUUGUAAGUGUGUGUGUGUGUGUGUGUGGUGGAAGAUUACCAAGCAUGUGUGUGUGUGUGCCUAGGUGUGUAUAUGCAGUCCAUGCUACCAAUACUCAAGAGAGCAUGUUGUGCCUUCAUCUCUGUCUGUAAACCCUCAGGAUGUUUCUUUCAUCUUCUUGUCUGUGAUGUUGACAUGACCCAAACAUGUGAUAAAGAAAAAAGUUGUGUACUUAUAACGAAUUCUUGAUGGAUAUUUUAUGUAGUAGUUUCAUUUAAGAGAAAAGUCUUCUGUUAGGGCAUUAAUUGGAGCACAUGUAAAUAUUCAGUGCACAUAUCACGCUUGGGUAUGAGGCUUUUACAUUGUCUAGUGUUGCUACAUUAUUACUUCCUUUAGCACAAGUUGCAUAACAUAUCAAGGCAACUCAUAUAACUGAUAUUCUGAAGAGGAAUCAGUAUUAAUUGUAAUAGUACACAUAACUGGGGACUGGUUAUUUGGUCUCACUUCAGUUCACUUAUGCAGUAUCCUCAUCCUUACUAUCCAUGCCUCUGAUGCCCUGCUCCCUUCAGCAACUCCCCCAAGGGGAAGGCCAGGGUAGAAGUGACUUUCUUUGUCAUCAGACACAAGUCUGGAUUAGUUUCCUUUCAUCCUGAUGUGUAGCAGGACUGGUCAAGUGGGGUUUGUCCUGUCAUGUAUGUAAAGAAUAUAUUCUAGAGAAUGUAUAUAACUCAUGAAGGUGAUAGGGAAGUAGAUAGUUUCUUUACAUAUUAGUUUUUGUUACUUCAGCUCCUAUAAAGUUUCAACACUAGAGAUAGCCAGUGAAGAAAUUACAACCUAAAGCAGAUAUAUUUGCACUGUAAAAUGUAUGUGAUAUAUUUGAUAAAAAUUAUUCAUCAAAUAAAGUACUUUUUUCUAGACUGAAUUGUAAUCAAUGUACAAACAAUAAAUAUAACACAAAGAACUGAGAGAA